AUGGCUUCCGAUCACAGCACGGCCAUUGUACCCCCCAAGCGGGCGGUGACUGACUACCCGCUGAUCGACUCCGACCCGCACCUGCGACGAGUGUUUGGGUAUGCCCGACCUUCUGAUUACGCUGUGGCUGGUGGUAUGGCUUCAGUCUCUCCCAUUGCCUUCUGGGUCAUGGAGCGAGUGAGCCCGUCGCAUGUGGGCCGGGGUGGCUUUGCCCCCGUGAUGCGCCUCGCAACCGCUGUCGGUUUCCUCGGUGGCCUCCAUAUCAUGUACCAGCGGUCUUGCCAACGCUUCUACGGAUUCACCGAGAACACCAGAGAGGUUGAGAUGGAUAUGCGGGAGAUGGUCGACAAGGUAAAGAAGGGCGAGCCCUUGUAUGGCACCUCCCAGGUGUCUUCAUACCUUCAGGGUGUUGCUGCCCGGAACUCUCGGUACUCCGAGUUGUUCAUCCACGUUCUGCCGUGGUUCAAUGUCGUCAACCACGACCAGCACGGAAUUGACACUGCUAAAUAUUACCAACAAGCGGAGCGCGAAUUGGAAACAGAGAGAUUGGGCAAAGCUGGCUCCGCAUGA